AGGAUGGUGGGAGACAGUAUCUACUCUAAAAAACAGCACCAAUGAAUGAGAGACUAGGGGCUUUAUCGUAAAAAUACAGAGGAAAAUAUCAACUCAUUUACUGCAAGAAGCAGCAAGACAGGGACCCUUAGGGCGACCUGCCGCAGAGGACUAUAGCUGAUUUGUAAAAAUAAGCUUUCGUGGCGCUGUCACUACCAGAUCUGCUAACCAUGACAACCCACGUGACGCUGGAAGAUGCGUUAUCCAACGUGGACCUGCUGGAGGAGCUGCCCCUCCCUGACCAGCAGCCAUGCAUUGAGCCCCCACCAUCCUCCAUCAUGUACCAGGCUAAUUUUGACACCAAUUUUGAGGAUCGAAAUGCAUUUGUAACAGGAAUAGCCAGAUACAUUGAACAGGCUACUGUGCAUUCUAGCAUGAAUGAGAUGCUGGAGGAGGGGCAGGAAUAUGCUGUAAUGCUGUAUACUUGGAGGAGCUGCUCUCGAGCCAUUCCACAGGUAAAGUGUAAUGAGCAGCCGAACCGCGUUGAAAUCUAUGAGAAGACGGUGGAAGUUUUAGAACCUGAAGUCACGAAACUGAUGAAGUUUAUGUAUUUUCAGCGUAAAGCGAUCGAGAGGUUCUGUAACGAGGUAAAGCGUCUGUGCCACGCGGAGCGCAGGAAGGAUUUUGUGUCGGAGGCGUACCUGCUAACCCUGGGGAAGUUCAUUAAUAUGUUUGCAGUACUGGAUGAGCUAAAGAAUAUGAAAUGCAGUGUCAAGAAUGACCAUUCUGCAUAUAAACGAGCUGCUCAGUUUCUUAGAAAAAUGGCUGAUCCACAAUCUAUACAAGAGUCACAGAAUCUUUCCAUGUUCCUAGCCAAUCACAACAGGAUUACACAGUGUCUGCACCAGCAGUUGGAGGUAAUUCCUGGCUACGAGGAGCUAUUGGCUGACAUUGUGAACAUCUGUGUGGAUUAUUAUGAGAACAAAAUGUAUCUAACGCCAAGUGAAAAGCACAUGCUGCUGAAGGUUAUGGGAUUUGGCUUGUAUUUAAUGGAUGGAAAUGUCAGUAACAUUUAUAAAUUGGAUGCAAAGAAGAGGAUCAAUCUCAGCAAAAUUGACAAAUUCUUCAAGCAGUUGCAGGUGGUGCCUCUGUUCGGCGAUAUGCAGAUAGAGCUGGCCAGAUACAUUAAGACCAGUGCUCACUAUGAAGAGAACAAAUCAAAGUGGACUUGCACCCAGAGCAGCAUCAGCCCUCAGUACAAUAUCUGUGAGCAGAUGGUUCAGAUUCGGGACGACCACAUCCGCUUCAUCUCUGAGUUGGCUCGUUACAGCAACAGUGAGGUGGUAACGGGUUCAGGUCUGGACAGCCAGAAAUCUGAUGAAGAAUACCGGGAGUUAUUUGACCUGGCACUGAGAGGGCUGCAACUGCUGUCUAAGUGGAGUGCCCAUGUCAUGGAGGUGUACUCCUGGAAGCUGGUUCAUCCAACAGAUAAGUUCUGCAAUAAAGAUUGUCCAGGAACAGCAGAAGAGUAUGAAAGAGCUACAAGAUAUAACUACACCAGCGAGGAGAAAUUUGCCUUUGUGGAGGUCAUUGCGAUGGUCAAGGGUCUUCAGGUACUAAUGGGCCGCAUGGAGAGCGUGUUUAAUCAGGCCAUACGCAAUACUAUAUAUGCUGCACUGCAGGACUUUGCUCAGAGUGCCUUAAGGGAGCCACUUAGGCAGGCUGUGCGCAAGAAGAAGAACGUUCUGAUCAGCGUCCUGCAGGCAAUACGCAAGACCAUAUGUGACUGGGAAGCGGGACGAGAACCUCCAAACGAUCCGUGUCUGCGUGGGGAGAAGGACCCCAAGGGAGGGUUUGAUAUCAAGGUUCCCAGGAGAGCUGUUGGACCAUCCAGUACUCAGUUAUAUAUGGUGCGGACAAUGUUGGAGUCUCUGAUUGCUGACAAGAGUGGGUCUAAGAAGACAUUGCGCAGCAGUUUAGAUGGACCUAUUGUGCAGGCGAUAGAGGAAUUUCACAAGCAAUCCUUCUUUUUCACUCAUCUCCUGAACUUCAGUGAGGCACUGCAGCAGUGCUGUGAUCUCUCACAGCUUUGGUUCCGGGAGUUUUUUCUGGAACUCACCAUGGGACGACGCAUCCAGUUCCCCAUUGAAAUGUCCAUGCCCUGGAUCCUUACAGAUCACAUCUUAGAAACUAAGGAACCUUCCAUGAUGGAGUACGUACUUUAUCCCCUUGACCUUUAUAAUGACAGUGCUUAUUAUGCUCUAACCAAAUUUAAGAAGCAGUUUCUUUAUGAUGAGAUAGAAGCUGAGGUGAACCUCUGCUUUGAUCAGUUUGUAUACAAAUUGUCUGACCAGAUAUUUGCAUAUUACAAAGCCAUGUCAGGCAGUGUUUUGUUAGAUAAACGUUUCCGUGCUGAGUGCAAGAACUAUGGUGUGAUUAUUCCUUACCCACCUUCAAAUCGCUAUGAAACCCUCCUCAAACAACGGCAUGUACAGUUGUUGGGCAGAUCCAUUGACCUUAACAGGCUCAUCACCCAGAGGAUCUCAGCUGCUAUGUACAAGUCCCUCGAUCAGGCCAUCAGCCGAUUUGAAAGUGAGGAUCUGACAUCUAUUGUGGAGCUGGAGUGGCUGCUGGAUAUUAAUCGCUUAACUCACCGUCUGCUUUCAAAGCAUCUGACAUUGGAUAGUUUUGAUGCCAUGUUCAGAGAGGCAAAUCAUAAUGUGUCAGCUCCAUACGGAAGAAACACUCUCCACGUCUUUUGGGAGCUCAACUUUGACUUCCUGCCCAACUAUUGUUAUAAUGGUUCAACUAACCGGUUUGUCCGCACAGCCAUUCCCUUUACACAGGAACCUCAAAGAGACAAACCUGCAAAUGUACAACCAUAUUAUCUCUAUGGGUCAAAGCCUCUCAAUAUAGCCUACAGCCACAUAUACAGUUCAUAUCGCAACUUUGUGGGACCUCCUCACUUCAAGACCAUAUGCCGCCUGUUGGGGUAUCAGGGCAUUGCUGUAGUGAUGGAGGAGCUGCUGAAAAUCGUAAAGAGCCUGUUACAGGGAACUAUCCUGCAGUACGUGAAGACACUUAUAGAGGUCAUGCCAAAAAUUUGCCGGUUACCACGACAUGAAUAUGGAUCCCCAGGAAUCCUUGAGUUCUUUCAUCACCAGCUAAAGGACAUCAUAGAGUAUGCAGAGCUGAAGACAGACGUGUUUCAGAGCUUGCGUGAGGUGGGGAAUGCAGUUCUCUUCUGUCUACUUAUAGAACAAGCUCUGUCCCAGGAGGAAGUGUGCGACCUUCUGCACGCAGCUCCGUUCCAGAACAUUUUACCCCGAGUCUUCAUCAAAGAGGGAGAACGUCUGGAGGUAAGGAUGAAGCGACUGGAAGCAAAGUAUGCACCACUUCAUCUUGUCCCUUUAAUUGAGAGACUGGGAACCCCACAGCAAAUCGCUAUCGCGCGGGAGGGUGACCUCUUGACCAAGGAGCGACUGUGCUGCGGUCUUUCCAUGUUUGAAGUCAUCCUGACUCGGAUCCGCAGCUACCUUCAGGAUCCCAUCUGGCGCGGUCCUCCCCCCACAAAUGGUGUGAUGCAUGUAGACGAAUGUGUGGAGUUUCACCGACUCUGGAGUGCUAUGCAGUUCGUAUACUGUAUCCCAGUGGGAACCAAUGAGUUCACAGCAGAGCAGUGCUUCGGAGAUGGUUUAAACUGGGCUGGUUGUGCAAUCAUUGUGCUUCUCGGACAGCAACGGCGGUUUGAUCUCUUUGACUUCUGUUACCACCUUUUGAAGGUGCAACGCCAGGAUGGAAAAGAUGAGAUCAUAAAAAAUGUGCCUCUGAAGAAAAUGGCUGAUAGAAUUCGGAAAUAUCAAAUCUUAAACAAUGAGAUCUUUGCCGUGCUGAACAAAUACAUGAAAUCAGUUGAGAGCGACAGCUCCACCGUAGAACAUGUGCGCUGCUUCCAACCUCCCAUCCACCAAUCACUGGCUACUACUUGCUGAAGACAGGACUAAAGGCAGAGGCUUGGUUAUGUGACAGCCUGAGAUGGUGUGUGGUGUUGUCACUCAAUACGUACAUGUCCCUCGUCAUGGAGGCAUCAGAACUGUACGACGUGUGUUUAUGUAAACAUGUAACCUUGUUUCCAUUGCAACAAAGCAAUGCUAGAUCUACACAGGCCAAUCUGACUGCACAAUGCAGAUUGUUUUAUAUUGGUUCGAGAUAUUUUAACUAUUUUUUAAGCUAAAAAAUAUCAGUUUGGGCAUCUCCUUAUUAUACAUAAACAUCUAACUGGAAAGAAUAUGGUCACUAUCUUGUGUCUCUUCUAUUUAUUGUGACUGUACUGUGUGGUACCUCAUUUUUCUACUAAAGGAAUAUCUUGUCAGAGCAUCUACAGAAAAUGUGUCAUUGAUCUGUUCACUUUGCAGUCAAACCAGUGUAAGAUUACAUUAUCACUGGAUAUGUUAGCUUACAAGCAAUCCAAAAUAAAUGGAAAGGAAAAUACUUCAUCAUUACAUAACCUCUGCUCCAAUGCCUAUUACAUUAUUAUUGGCAAAGCGAUUAAUGUAUAUUUUUUAUUUUAAAUUUCAAUUUGGAAAUUGCAAUUUUGUUCAUCAACACUGUAAAAAAAAAUUGGUUUUGUUACGUUGUAUUCUGUAACCUAGAAACCAACUGUCAUACACUUGCGCACAAUCUAAACACUUGAGAUUAAUUUAUUUGGUGUGUUUGAUGAUUAUCGUAUACGUGAAUGCGUAAAACAAACUCAAAUUCUCCUAGUUGAGUGACUGAGUGCCAUUGGUAACACUGUGGAAAAGGAAAUUGGUUUUUUAACAAGUAGCUCAUUAUAAAUUAUUGGAAAAAUGGUCUUGCUCUCAGAAUAUUAUAAUAUAAAAUAUUUUCUGACUUUCUGAUAUAUAGACAGAGCAACCUUGUCAGCUCCCAGCUGUAUUUAACAUGCUGUUCAGUUUUUAAAUGUAUGUAAAUAUUCUGUUACAGAAACGUACUACAAUGCAAACCUUGAUAAAUACUAUAGAAAGGCAUAACCUUAAUUCUCAAAUGAUUACUUACAAGUACUGUAGAAUUCUGUUUUGCUAUAAAUACAUAUUUUAAGUAAUCAUUCCACAUUUUCCCUGUGUACAAAGUUUUGUCAGCAAAUGAUAUGUUUGCAAUCACAAUCUAAAAUAUAUAUAUAUAUAUUCUAAAAAAAUCCUUUAACUCGUUCUCUUUACUAAGAAAAGGAAACAGAUUCAACAAAAUAAAGAAAUACACAUGUUGUAUGAACAUGUGAACAAAUGUAGUGUGUGUGAUUUUGUACACACGGCUUAUUUAUGUAUAUAUGAAACAAAAAUAAUACAAACACCCAAAUGCUUCGCUUGUUUGCUGCAUGCUGUCUAUACAGCUCCCAUAUUGUCUGUACAUCUCUUAAGUAUUUCUUUGAUCAGAGUAUAUAUAUAUCCCUCAGUGAUAAUAAUCCUCAGCAAUUUGUAAUGUGACAGAUUCAUAAAAAUACAACUGACAAAA